UCUUGUGUCGUGUUAUAGACGAAUUGGAAACUAGCGUAAGACAAUGUGGGAGUGUGGAGUUACAACAGUUGGCUCAUUUCUAGCUGUUGUGCUGGCUGUGUCGUGGCUGUUGACGCGGCGGCGUUCUGGACUUCCCCCAGGGCCCCCUCUCCUCCCGUUUUUGGGGAACGCCCUGUCUAUGGGCUCUGAUCCCCGGGUCACGUUUAAGAACCUCCGACAGAGGUAUGGCGACAUCUUUAGUGUGUAUGUCUUCCACCAGCCCCUCAUAGUCCUCAACGGCUACAAUGUUAUAAAGGAAGCCAUUGUCAAGAACGCCGACGUCUUCUCAGAUAGACCACAUUCUUUUAUAACUGAGUUUAUAGCACGGGGAAAAGGAGUUGCCUCAACCUCCGGGGAAGUGUGGCACGAACAGAGGCGAUUUGCUCUCAACACUCUGCGAGAGUUUGGGGUGGGAAGAACCGUCAUGGAAGACAAGAUAAACCAGGAAAUCGCAGAGUUUGUGGCAGCCGUGGAGGAAGAGAAAGGCCAGGGUUUUGACAUUAAGCGUCUUGUGCAUAACGCCGUGUCAAAUGUCAUCUGUUCCACUGUCUUUGGCAAACGUUUUGAAUAUACAGACCCUCUCUUCGUCACAUUCCUGACAGCAAUGGAAGAGAAUUUUGAAAACAUUCCAGCAUAUGGAUUAUUGAACGUUUUCCCACUUGUUCGAUUUUUGCCUGGAGAUCCGUUCCUGUUCAGGAAAACAAUGAACAAUAUGAAUUGGGUGGUUAAUCUAUUAAUAGAUCCUUCAAUUAAAGAUCACAUAAACAAUCACGAUGACGACAACCUGGACGACUUUAUCCACGUAUACUUGAAAGAGAUGCGACUUCGCCAACAGAAACAAGACACCACCACGUUAGACUUGGAGAAUCUGGCUCGGACCAUUGCUGAUCUGUUCAAUGCUGGCACAGAGACAACGGCCACCACAAUACCCUGGACACUGGUCUACUUCCUGAACUACCCGGAUGUUCAGGAGAAGUGCUUUCAAGAAAUCCAGGAGAACGUUGGUCAGAGCAGACGGCCCUCCAUGAAAGACAAGACGAACCUUCCCUACGUGGAGGCCACCAUUAUGGAAGUGUUGCGAUAUGGUAACAUUGUCCCUACUGGUGUCCCUCACGCCGUUCCACAUGAUGUCCAGUUCAGAGGCUACACCUUCCCAAAAGGAGUCACAGUUAUCACGAACCUUGAUUCAGUCCUUCAAGACCCGGAUGUAUGGGGAGACCCGCAAACCUUUAGACCAGACCGUUUCCUUGACGACGCAGGCAAGAUUCAAAAGAGGGAUGAAUUCAUCCCCUUUUCUCUGGGUCGAAGAGUUUGCCUGGGAGAGUCGAUGGCCCGGAUGGAGCUCUUCUUAUUCCUCACUACCAUGAUCCAGAGGUUCCAGUUCCUCCCGGUGGACGGCCAGAAGCCGCCAUUAGAUGGGAAAAUGCGCUUUACACUUUCUCCAAAACAAUUCGAAGGUGAUGUACCGCUAGCGAGUGAUGAAGUACUGCUGGCGAGUGUUGGCGGGUGA